CGAGCGAUUGAACUAGAAGUACUUCCGGGUUUUACAUGGCGGCUUUGCGGUAACCCGAACAAAUUGAAUGACGUUAACGUUUCUGAAAAUGUUUUACUUAAAUACCUUUUCCAGGUUUAGAAUAAUCUCAGUAAAUCAGCAGAUAUUAGGACACAUCCAGCGAGGCAACGCUUAUUUCUCGAGCAGCUGUCAGAGAACAUGCACAUCUUCAGCUCUGAACAACAAGCAGCAGCAGCAUCUGCUGAGGUUCCUGCAGAGGAGAACCUGCUCAACACCCAGCAGCAAACAGGUUCGACCCUGCGUGCAUGGAAGAUGUUAUUCCUCACAGACCGGCGGCACUGAGGAUGGAGUUCUGAUCUACACCGGCAGUCUGGGCAAGGCCGUGCUCGGCGUGAAGUUUUUCUCGUACUCCAGCAGCAUGUUCAGUUUGUGUGCGAUGCCCCUCAUCUUCAUGAAGACAGGCCUCGGCGUGAGCAGCUUUGUGAUGAAGGCGGCUUUCUGUGGGUUUAUUGGGUUCUUCACGUUCCUGACUCCAGUCCUCCUCCACCUCAUCACCAAAGGCUACGUGGUGCGCAUGUAUCACAACAAAGAGACAGACACGUACACGGCUGUCACGUACAGUGCGCUGCUGUUGGAGAAGAAAUCUGUGUUCCAUCAGAGUGACGUGAAAGUCCCAGACGUGAGCCGGAUGUUCACGAGCUUCUACGCCAAGAAGCAGUCGCUGCUCAUAAACCCAAUGCUGUUUGACAUACCACAUGACUACAAUCACCUCAUGGGCUACGAUAAACCUUUCUCCUUCGACCCAGAGGACUUAAAUAAACCUGAUAAAAAUUAGCCAUUGUCUCUUCAUUUUAAAGAUUUAUUAAAAGGACUAGACUUAUGCUGGAAUGAAAAUAUAAAAUCAUGAGUUUGCAUUUUCUUGGAGUAUAAAUUGCUUGGUAUAUCUGGUAAAACUUGCUAUAAAAAUAUUCCUUGAUAGAA